AGUUAGUUUUCUCCUCUCGCAAUACUUUAGACAAAUUUAUGAUAAGAAUAAUAUUUUUGUUGAAGACGUGAACAUGUGAUUUGCCGACAUCAUGCCGUGGUGUAUGGAGCAAGCUUUGAGUGUACAACCACCAGGCAAACACCGCAACCCAGACAUACAGGCCGAGCUGAACAGACGCUGUCUUAACACAUGUGGACUGAAACUAUGGUGCAAAUCAAGGUCAAAAUUACCGCCAAUAAAGAUCAAGAUUUUCACCAAACUCUUGGAGAAUUCACAACGAAUGUUUGGUGAUCCAGAGAUGAAGCUUGCGUGCAUGUACGAUAGGUUGGUGCUUGCUGGACGUGGCACCCCAGUUGAUAAAGAGCUUUUGACGGCCCCUACUUGUUGCCGAUUCCACUGGCUCCAGUACCAGUCCGGUAGGCGGCAGCUCAUCGGAGCAGUCAUGCCGUAUGAAGACCCAUUUCAACCGCCGACACUUGCCUCGAAGACGCUGCGGAACAUCGGUAAGGCGGACCAGCUGACCAGACGAGUUCGCCAUGAUCUGAGAAACAAUGCGAGGGUACAGGCGACUAUUGCAACAAUCAAUGUCAGAUGGCACAAUAUGCGCAAAGACCCCGGCUACGACACUGAUUCAUUGUACUCGACUCUCGGCCAAUAUGGCGACAUCGUCGGUAUCACCAUGACUAGCCCUCUGAGUGCGAGGGUUGAAUUCUGCCAACUCCAGGCAGCUUGUAACGUCGUGGAAGCCCACACUGUCGGCUAUACACAAAACCCUCUAUUGUGUUUGUGGUACCAUAAAUCCAUGAAAAAUAAAGCAUUUUAUGUGAAAAGAAGGCACCUUCAUGUAACGUGCGAUCCAUUUGCAACAUGAUUGUGUUUUGCCUCAAUGACCUUAAAGGCACUGGACACUUUGGUAAUUGUCAAAGACCACUAUUCUCAAUUGGUGUAUCCCUACA